UUUCUUUAGAUCUUGUCAUAACUUUUAAUUUAAUGUGUAAAUACCCAAAUCCCACGCCUAUAUAAAGACUUGUUCCACUAUUCGAAGUCGUUCGAAUUUCAAAUUUCAAAUUUCAAAUUUCCAAAGAGAAUUUAAUUUUUUGAAUUUCAACUUAAUUAAUUAAAUAAUUUGAUCAGAUGCUGGUAAUAAGACUUGGAUAAUGGCUUUUGUGUUUGAUGAAGAAUGGUGGAAAUAGAAUUAUGGUUUUUGCAAUCGAAGUUCAACGGUGAGUGAGCGGUUGGGAAAUAGGAUUAUGGGAGGAGUGGAGGACCCGUAGGAGGAACAAUUAAGAAAGAGAAAACACCCAAAACUUAAUGUGGAAUGAUAGUUCAAUUCAUUACUUAUUUGUCAUUUUUUGUAAGUAUUAAGUCAACUAAAUCAAUUGUCCAGAUUGAUCAUCAGUAAUGAAAGGCUAAGAUUCAGUGUAUUGUGGUGGCUACCAUUUUGUUAUAAUCAUUCAAGAGUUUUGCCAUAAAACCAUAGGAAUUAAUUAUAGACAACUUUUGUUAAGACCGCCGUACCGAAAAGACCGAUUUGAUGACUUAACUAAUUGUUUUCAUUGCUUAACUACUCCCUCCGUCCCGGAAUACUCGACCCGGUUUGACCGCCAUAGAGUUUAAGGGACUUGAAUUGACUUAUUUAAUUUAAUAGGUAGUAGUUGAUAGUGGGGUAUUAUUUUAAUGUAGUUAGUGGGAGGUGGGUUAAGAGGUGGAGUUGGAGGAGAGUAGGGGUUGAAUUUUUAAUUAUUUUUUGUAUGGAGUAGGGGUUAGGUGGGUUAAUAGGGGUGGAGUGAGAAAUAAUAUAAUAUUGUUGGAAUAUAUUCAUUUUUAGAAACAGGUCAAGUAUUAAGGGACGGCCCGAUAAGGAAAACAGGUCAAGUAUUCCGGGACGGAGGGAGUAAUAAGUUUCAGUGCGUAACUAAUUAGUUCUAUUGUUUAACUAAUUGGUUCCAUUUCUUAACUUAUAUGACACCAAUGCGGUCUUUUGUGUAGGACCGCCUUAUAUUAUAAAAGUGUGUAAUUAUAAAAUAUGCAUCUUUUAAUUUGCAUUUUGCAAUUAUUCUGUAUCUAAACCAACAUAAGUUAGUGGAGUUAAUAGAAAACUCACUUUGUGACUUAGAGGUCAUAAGAUUGAGCGCCAUCAGCUGCGAAUGAUCCCUUCUAAAAAAAACUAGUUUGUAUCUAACAAACCAAGCAUUUUAAAAUAUGACUUAUAGAUCCUUUCUACUCAUAUAGGCUAGAUUGCCAAAAUCAAUCAAUUUCCCAAUACUACAACCAUUAGCUAAAGUCAAUUAGUCUACUAGAAUUAACAUUAAUCAAACAACUUCUAACUUUCUCAUUUUUUUCUGAAUGAGCUGCAAGAACAUCACGAAUUGAGGCUGGGAUUCGAACUAGUGGUCUAUCGUACGGCGUACACAUGCAGACACUCAUUAUUUGUCACUAGAUAAAGACAUGUACGUUACGUUGGUCACUUUAUUUUGCAUUGAUUCCUUCAUUUCAUACGUAAUUGACAGCUAAUCUGAAAUCAUAGAAUAUUAUCAACUUGGAAAAUAAUACUACAAAGUCCUACUGUGAAGUGAUACUUAAGUUGAAGAAUUAAAUCUAUAGAUGCAUGCGACCUGCUAUAUAUAUAUAUAUUAGCACAGAUCCAAUUCAAAAGCGUAAACACAUGCAUGCUUAUCAACAUGUCUGCCUUCCCAUUACUCCUAUCUCUAUGCUUCCUUGUUUCGCCGUCGAUUUCUCAAGAUUCCUCAUCUCCUUCUCCAGCUCCAGCUCCAGCUCCAGCUCCAUUCCCUGAAAGAUCUUUCCCACCUUCACUUUUCCUCUAUAUCAAUCAAGGUGACUUAGAGGAUACCGCUGGUGAAUUCGACUCCUACUUCCGACGUGUAGGAGGAAUAGGUAGUCCAAAGUUCUCUUUAUGCUUGUAUUCCUUCACCCCUAAUUCUUUUACCCUUGGUAUAGGCAUGGACUUCUAUCCUAAAUGGGUUUGGGCCGCCAACCGGAAUGACCCGGUACAUGACGGGGCAACUCUUACCUUAGGGCUAGAUGGCAAUCUUGUACUAGCCGAUUUUGAUGACCGUGUUGUUUGGCAAACCAACACGUCCAACAAGGGUGUGGUUGGAAUGAAGAUGCUUGAUAACGGUAACUUGGUAUUACACGAUGCUAAAGACAAUUAUAUAUGGCAAAGUUUUGAUUACCCCUCGGAUACACUAUUAGCAGGACAGUCUCUUAAGGCCGGGCUUACUAAUAAGCUCGUAAGUCGUGCAUCGCCUACGAGCGAUUUAGAGGGGAACUAUACCUUAGAGAUGAGACCCAAUAAUGUGUCUCUAUACUACAAGAGCCCGAAAAAUCCAACACCACUUCCUUACUACAGAAUUGAUCAGAGUUAUAGCACAACACCUUCCAAAGAAUUCAAAUAUUAUGUAGCAGUCACAAACUUCGUUAGUCAUUUUACUUUCCAAGGUAUUCAAUACAUAACCACAGAUUGGCUAUCCAGUUCAAACCAGCAGUUAGCUGAUACAUGGUACGAUGGCACGUAUUCCUUCCUUCGACUUGACAUUGAUGGUAAACUACGUACGUAUAAUCUUGAUCCUCUGAAUAGGGGUAUAUGGAAAGUGGAGUACACUCUUUUCAUGGGAGAACCAUUGGUGGGUGAUCAAAAAGGAGCAACUGAAUGUCAAAUGCCUGAAAAGUGUGGGGAUUUCGGAGUUUGCUACAAAGAACAGUGUGUAGCUUGCCCUUCCCCUAGAGGGCUCUUGGGUUGGAGCGAAAAGUGUGCGCCUCCGAACUUGGUAUGCAACGGUGGGGAGAUGAAUGCCAAGUACUACAAGGUUGUCGGUGUUACGCAUUUCAGUAGCAUGUACACCGAAGGAGAGGGGCCUAUGCAGCCAAGGAAAUGUAAGGCCAAAUGCACUGAAGAUUGCAAGUGUGUGGGUUUUUUCUAUGAUGAGGAGAGUUUAAGAUGUUGGAUUGUUUAUGAUCUCAAGACUUUGACGCAAUCUGGUAACCCUAAGCACUUUGGUUAUAUCAAAGUGUCUAACUAAUAAUUGUUUAAUUUUUUUUUAUAACUAAGGUGUCCAUCGCCGACAACAACGACAGUGUGGGCGGUUUGCUUGAGGUAUCAAAUACAGUAAUGGUUGAUCAUCAAGUAAUCAUCAUAUCUUGUACUAUACAUAUUUCGUUCUAAAUUAAUCUUAUCCUGUAUUGUUGAAUAACAAAAAAGAAUAUUUGGCUAACCUUGGUUAUGGAUAUAACUUGAGUGAGUAUGGGGAUGUGUGGAUGUCAAAAGUCAUAUAUAUCCACCAUAGGGGGGUGGAUUUGAUAGCUUUCCCGCCCAAUAAAAUGUGAGUACUUUUGCAAGCUCUGGAGUUUCAUCCAACAUGUCAAGCAAGAUUACACCUCAGGCAAUCCUAAUGAACAAUGCAUCAGCACCAAAACCCGCUUCCUGUCAUUCGGCUACGUGAACCCUGCAUAUGAUUACAGUUAUUCAAGAAUCAACAACAAAAUUGUGAUAGAAGAAACUCAACCCGAAAUCUUAGAAACCCAUUGUUACUUUGUUAGUUACUCACUCCGUCGCGAAUACUCGCAUCGAACACGCUUACCAAUGUACAAUUUUGACCACCAAUAUAUUUAACUACAUAUUAUAAGAACUUGUACAAUAUUAAUAUUUUGAAAACAUAUAUUAAGAUGAAGCCAACAAUAUAUCAUAUACUAAUAUUUGUUUUCAUAUACUAGAAAUAAAAUAAGGUCAAAGCGAAUUAUGUGAAUAGUACAAAAAGCCAAAACGGUGCAAAUAUUCCGGGACGGAGGGAAUAUAAAACAAAUAUAACACCUAGUUUCCCCCACCCGGCCCCCUCCUAAAUUAUUGUGCGACAAUUAUUUAGAAACAGAUAAACAUGAUUAUACUGGCAAGUAAAUUACACAAAAUAUGACACGGGACUCUGAUAAUUUGCAGUACAUCAAGGAUUUAAUUCUACUAGUUACAAAACAUCAUCUGUGUAACAUCUGUGUAACGCUUCAUAGUUGCUU